GAAAGUUUCUUCUUGUGUUCUUCUCCAGUCUUUCCUCCCAAAAUUUUCUAUUUCCAACAAAAAAUAGGAGAUUGAAGUCUUAUUUUUUAAGUGAAUGCUAAUAUGGUAGCAUUCGACGAAGAGGUCACAUGUACUACAACCAAGGAACCUUUGUUAAAACACCAUCUAGCAGAAGCGGCAACUUUUUUAGGAAAGAAAAAAAAUUGAAUUACAAUUCAUGGGCUGGGAGGGAGCCACCACCACCAGGAUUUGUUAAAAUAAAUGUGGAUGGUUCAGCAAAAGGAUCACCGGAUGCAUCUGCGUUAGGUGGGUGUUGUCGGGAUGUUUCAGGCCAAUGGAUUUUUGGGUUUACACAGCAGCUGGGUGUGGGGCACGCCAUUUGGGCUGAGCUAUUUGCCAUAUGGAAAGCAAAGGAGCUAGCAUGGAGUAGAGGAUAUCGACGAGUUAUUAUAGAGAUUCAUUCGCUGCUAGCAUUGCAAAAGAUAAUGAAUGACUCCACUGAGCCAAAUGCUUUAUCUCACUUGAUUAAUCGUUGUAAAGCCUACUUGCAAAAAGGGAUUGGACCUGCUAGGUGAUACAUAUUAUGCGUGAUAGGAAUUUUUGUGCUAAUACUAUCGCAUCUGAAUUCUGUCAUUUAAGCAAAGGAUUCCACUUCUUCGAGGAGCCACCGGACUCAGUUCGAGACCACCUAAUGGAAGACAAGAUAGGUGUUUGUAGGUCAUGCGGCAUUAGAUAUUCCUCUAGUACUCUAUGCUACUGUUUAACGUACGAAGAAAAAGUUAAUAUUAAGUUUAUUAUUGUUAUGUAAAUAAAUUUAAUUAUAUUAU